AUGCAUGGAUUUCUUGUUCUUCUCCAUCUUGUUCUCCUGGCGUUGAGCAUUUCUGCCGUCGAGCACCGCCUUGUCACAUCUGAGAAUGGUGCAUGGAUGUCAGUAUUAGGCGCAUCGACACAGGCCUUUUAUGCGCUGUAUUGCGCGAUACUCGUUUACCUGGUGCAACGCCUGACACUCUACCGGAACUUGAAUCAGCAUCAAAAAUUGACCAUCCUCCACGACAAUGUUAACGCAUGGAGUGGCCUUGGUUCCGCAUUACAGUGUCUCUGGCAGCAAUCAAGCACUACUGGAUCGUUGUGGUGGAUUGUGUCUAUCGCCACCUAUCUGGGAUGCGUACUCGCGCUUCACGUAGCUUCAUCAUCCAUAUUGCAACUGCAGACAUUCACCGCAACCACAAAUAUGUCGGCAACAACGUUUGCUCACUGGCCUGGCGCAAAUGUCGACAUGAUGGGGCUUCAGUGGCACACAAUUAGCGCCAUUGUUCCGUCUCUCAGUCAUUUUACUAGUUCGUUGAACGCGGGACUUGAUGGUGCCACGCUAUAUGACACCGUUCAAGCAGAUGGCGCCACAGGAAACGCCACUGUAGAUGCAACUACCUUCCAAGCGGAAUGUGGGUUAAUCCGUAAUUCUGAGUUGAGCUAUACCCCAAAGCUGAAUUCCAAUCAAUUCGGAGACUUGGUGGUCGAGCCUUCGAUUUCAGGCCAGCAGACCAGGAAAUCGUCGGGCCGGUUGGUACCUCCCUAUCAAGAUCAGUUGGUCACUCAGAUGUCUACCUUUUUUCCUGGAUCCACCAUCGAAUUCAUAAUUGCCACGUCCAUCGACAUUGAUGACUCCCUGAAAUCAGCAACUGUACACCACAUGAACUGGGAAUAUCAACAAGACCUGCUGUUCGAUAGUCCUCAAACUCCGAUCAUCUCGACUGUGCUUGAUGCUUAUUUAAUGGCUUGCAACAUAUAUGUUGAACAUCAUACGGCGAUAGUCGAUAUGGAAACAGGUCAACUACUGGCACUCUUGCCGCCCCCGGUUCUAUCGCCUCCUUCGAACUGGAAAGGAUGGACAGCACCCAAGGGAAACAACACUUGGGAUAUCUGGUCGCCGCCAGGAAUAGGUCAGUAUAAGCACCUGCAUUACAAAUGGUUUGUAUCUCCAUUCUACUCUGGAGCUAUGCACCCCGUAAGGAUUUGUAUGACUCGAAGUCAAGCAGCCUGCUACAGACAUUCUCUCCUCGAGCUGUAUUUUAUGAAAGAAAUUGGCUUAGAUGUAGUUUUGGAUGAGCAAGCCUCCAGGCCACCGCCUCCAUCUGGUCCAAAGAAGGUCCUCUGUAGUCGCCGCCAAUUCGAAUCUAGUCUCUCUAAGAUCUUCGCAUCGUUGUUGUGGACAGACUUGAAAGACGACGCAGGUGCAAAACUCGGCUCCGAUGCUGGUGGCUUUGAUUCAGCACAAGGCAGCACUGUCGUUUCUCGGCAGGUUAUAAAAUGGCGUCUCAACAUCAAUUCGUGGCCUUUGGCAGUUGCAUUGACCGCUUCGUUGACCAUGCUGAUCCUCUCGAUCUGCAUGUCAGGGAACAUGACAUAUCAGCAGAAAGACGGGAUGCCCAUAGAUAGUACUGGCGUUCUCCAGAUCAUCUGGCUGACAAACCGUCUCCGCGUGUUGAAAGACCUCAUGAGUGAGGUGGAUGAUCCGAGAGAAGAUGUUCUUCGUUCUGCUGGGAUGGUGGAAAUAGAUCUGUUACAAGAGCUAAACAAGGAGGACUAG